AUGCAGAAUCGACCCCAAGACAUUAAUCCGCGAUUUUGGCCUACAACAGCAUCUAACGCCUCAAAUGCCAGAAACCUUCAUGUGAUCGCCUCUUUCAAAGUGUAUCUUAUGCACUCCGGACCAUUCUUACCCAUUACAUGUGCAUUCACGCAUCGACGGGUACCUCCACGACACGGAUGGUGUGCACGCGGUACAGACAGUCAUACUGAAUUGCUCCACUUCUACACGCGAGAAGGCGAACGAUACUAUUACACGGAGGCCAUGGGACGCAACAAAGAUUACGUCCAUGUUCAUUGUCAUUAUUACAUGACCACCCGUCUAGCCUAUAUGUUCCGAGUAUUACAGAUGUUAGGCCAUGUCAGCCAUUUCAACCUUGUGAAUUGGUUCAAUAUGAUAUUUGUAGAUGACUCGCCACCGCCUACCUUUACACCUAACCAGUUGUUCACUCCUUCUAUGUCAGAGGAAGAGUGCCGACAUGGCCUGGUCCUGCACUCGUUAAUCAAGCACGCCGACCGUAGAGGCAACCAACUAGUGGUCAGUUCCAGCGGCACCGACAACCUACGAUUCGAGGCCGCCAUCGAAAGCCACCUGGAUCAAUUGCUGAUCGAAGGCAGCAAAUACCGCGAUCACUUUUGUUCCAGUUGUGUCUGUGUUUUACCAGACAGCGCUGACCCUGUCACCGGCGAAGAGCAUUGGAAAAUUAUAUGGUAUAGACUGACAUGGUUGCCGCACCCAGCCAUUCGUGCCGUUGUCACCGACGGAGUGACGUUGGGACACUGGCGGUGUAGCGCGGCUACGGACCAAUUGCGAGAACUCACUCAGAGUUCAGCUGCUUGGGAAUCGCUGCCGGGCACAGCCAUGCCAAAAGGUCUGCGCAUCUGGUCGCGAAACUUGCGAUAA